AUGGGUUCGGAAGGACAGCAGCUCCACAUCUUCAUCUUCCCCCUGAUGGCUUCCGGGCACCUGCUACCUGCUGUCGACAUAGCCAAACUGUUUGCCGAGAAAGGAGUGAGGGUCUCCAUUAUCACCACCGCAGGCGAAGAACCGGCCAUUGAGGCCUCCUUCUGCCGUUCCAGCGAAGCUGGCCGCCGGGUGAGGACCCUCCUCGUCGAAUGGUCCUCUUCCGCGAUUGGUCUACCCGACAGCUUGUCCUCAGUCAAGACGCUGGACAUGCACAUGGACUUCCUCAUGAGGACAUCCGCACUCCGCCCCUCAUUCGAGCGUCUCGUUAAGGACCACCACCCUGCUGCCAUCGUCACCGACUCGUUCUACCCCUGGACGGCGGAGGUGGCGGAGGAGGUCGGCAUCCCCAGGCUGGUCUUCGAUGGGAGCAGCUUCUUCACCCUCUGCCUUAGUGACAAAAUCAAUCUCUCAACCGACACCCAGGAGAGCAGCGCAGAUAGUGGCGAUCGCAUCGUCAUCCCCGGGAUUCCUCACCGAAUAGAGCUAAUCAGAAGCCAACUCUUCGAUGCGAAAAAGAUGAGACCAGACUUCCCCGACGUGUUCAUGAAAAUGAAGGAGGCCGAGGGGAGGAGCUACGGCACAGUAGUCAACAGCUUCUACGAGCUGGAGCCCGACUACGCCGACCACUACAGGAAUGUGAUUGGAAGGAAGGCCUGGCAUAUCGGGCCAGUGUUUCUACGCAAUGAAGAUGCAGCCGACAACGCGAUGAGAGGCAGCAGGACUACUCUCGAGCAGACCAGAUGCUUGACAUGGCUGGACUCCAAGGCGGAAAGAUCUGUUCUGUACGUUUGCUUCGGGAGCUUGUCUCGUUUCACGGAAACCCAGCUUCGAGAAAUAGCGGGGGGAUUGGAAUCUUCCGGCCACCCCUUCAUCUGGGUCGUGAAGAACGCCGGACAAGGGAAUUCCUCCGGCCAGUGGCUGCCGGAGAGUUUUGAGGAGAGGGUGGUUGACUCCGGUACGGGCAUGAUCAUCCGGGGAUGGGCUCCGCAAGUUCUUAUCCUCAACCACGUGGCCGUCGGAGGCUUUCUGACUCACUGCGGCUGGAACUCGAGCCUGGAGAGCGUCGCCGCCGGGUUGCCGGUCGUGACAUGGCCGAUAUUCGCCGACCAGUUCUUUAACGAGAGACUGCUGGUUGACUUGCUGAAGGUCGGCGUCGAUAUUGGGGUGAAGACUAACGCUCUGGGGGAAUUAGAAAGGGAGACGGUGAAGGCGGAGGAGAUCGCGGCGGCUGUGGGUCGCCUGAUGGGAGACAGUCCGGAAGCGGAGGAGAGGAGGAGUAGGGCGAGGGAGCUGAAAGCGGCAGCGAGGUGGGCCAUGGAAGAGGGAGGCUCGUCCUACAAUGACCUUGCUCGCCUGAUACAAGAGCUGUGGGAGAAGCAAUCCGCCGCAUCCCAUGCGAGAACUUAG